ACACAUAUGCGGGACAUGAAAUUAGUUGCGUGGAUGAGUAUGGAUUGUCAUACUCUUCCAGCCCAUCAACAAACUCCUCAUGUAUCCAUUUCAAUAUCCGAUCUCUCUGUCUCUCUUCGCUCUCUCCAGAAGGCGAAGGCUAUGAACGGGGUGUGUUGGAUCUUGUUAGUUCCAAUGGCUGUGAUGUUACACACGUGUCACGCAAGGAGCGAUCUCUACCCUGUGAUCUUGGUGCCAGGGAGCGGCGGGAACCAGCUGGAGGCCCAACUGACCAAGCAAUACAAGCCGUCGAGUCUGUUAUGCAAGAGGUGGCACCAUGACUGGUUUAGGCUGUGGUUCGAUCCGACGGUGCUGAUACGUCCACUCACCAAAUGCUUCGCUCAACGGAUGACAUUGUAUUACGACCCUCUCUUGGAUGAUUACCAUAAUGCCCCUGGGGUCCAGACCCGGGUCCCUUACUUCGGGUCCACGCAAGGCCUUUCCUACCUCGAUCCUCAUCUCAAGCUAAUCACUACAUACAUGGCACCCUUAGUAGAAUCUCUAGAAGAACAUGGCUACAUUGAUGGCUAUAACCUCUUCGGCGCUCCUUACGACUUCCGGUACGGCCUCGCCGCUGAAGGCCACCCAUCACAGGUCGGCACCCAAUACCUCAAAGAUCUAAAACGAUUGAUCGAGAACGCAAGUGAAUCGAAUGAUGGAAAGCCAGUGAUCAUAGUGUCCCACAGCUUAGGCGGGCUAUUCGUCCUUCAUCUCCUCAACCGGAACCCGGCAACAUGGCGUACGAAGUUCAUCAAGCACUUUAUCGCGCUCUCCACACCUUGGGGUGGGACGGUCCAAGAAAUGCUCACAUUCGCCUCGGGCUACACCCUGGGCGUGCCCUUGGUGGACCCUUUACUAGUAAGAGGUGAACAAAGGAGCUCAGAGAGCAAUCUAUGGCUACUACCAUCUCCGAACCUCUUCGGGCCAAAACCGCUUGUGAUUACUCAAAAUCAUACUUACAUUGCAUCCGAAAUGCCGGAAUUUCUUGUCGACAUUGGAUUUGAAGAAGGUGUGUAUCCAUACAAGACGCGCAUUUUGCCGCUAAUCGAGAAGCUAGUUGUGCCUGAGGUGCCAAUCACUUGCAUGAUUGGGACCGGAAUCGAAACGCCGGAGACCUUGUUUUAUGGUAGAGAUGGAUUUGACAAGCAGCCUGAGAUAGUGUAUGGAGAUGGUGAUGGGACGGUGAACAUGGCGAGCUUGUUAGCGAUGGAAUCGGAGUGGGCCAACAUUACUAAGGAGCUUCUUAAGGUGACUAAAAUCCCCCAUGUUUCACAUGCAUCCAUUCUUCAGGAUGAUGUUGCUUUGAAGGAGAUAAUGCAAGAGAUUUCGGACAUAAAUUCACUUGUUUUGACUUCAAUUUCAUAGAAAUUACGGUUAACUUGUUUU